AUGCCACAGAGCGAGUCAAGGGCACCACCAUGGGAAGUGCCGAAGAUAACUAGUGAGGUGCGGAUUAAGUACCUGCGCUCCAAACAAGACAAGCCACCCCUUGUCAUCAAGGAAAUAGUGGAGGCCCACCUCGAAGAACGUCACAGCGGAAAGCUGCAGAUAUACACUGACGGGUCGGUAAACCACUCACGAACCUCCAGCACGGCGGCUUAUCACAUACCGAAACUAAGUCUGGAGUGGAGUGGCAGACUCCACAAACCCACGUCGUCAACAACGGCCGAGCUGGUGGCCAUGGAAAAAGCUCUCCUAGAGGCCGCCAAGUUACCGCCCCAACCGAUGGUCCUUCUCACGGACUCCCGGUGCGCCAUCCAGAAGAUAGCAAAUGCCGAGACCGGAGACCCUGCAACGGCCGCUGCAAGGAAGGCCCUGGCUAUCUUGGAAGCGCAUGGCUCUUCAGUCUGUUUCCAAUGGAUCCCAGGGCACGUCGGCAUCCAGGGAAAUGAACGCGCGGAUGACCUCGCCGCGGAAGCACAUCAGUUUCCCCCCCAGGUCCCCACACCUGCACACCCGCAACAGGCAGCUCUCGAUGUCCGCUGGCAUCUCCUGCGGGAGAAGCCGGAGAAAUCUUUACCCAAAGGCACCUUGACCGGUCUCUCCCGGGCAGCGGAGACACUGGUGCGACGACUACGGACAAAUACGGCAUACACAAACGAAUUCCUUGCUAAAAUGGGAAAACGGCAGAGCUCAAGCUGUCUUCAAUGCAGGGCAGAAGAGACGAUCCACCACAUCCUCUGCGUCUGCCCGGCAUACGAGACCCAACGGGAAGCGCUGCGUCAACGGGUUAAGGAGGGCACCCAGAUGACAACAGACAGCUUGCUCUUUCCCGACGGGCCCAGACGAAAGUGCCGGAGGAUUUUCAAGGCACUGUUGGCGUUCCUACGACACACAGAACUGACUGAGCGCCUGUAG